AUGGGGGGGGCGGGCGUUGGUCCGAGGUGGUGGCGGAGCCUCACCCGCCGCUACGUUUCUUUCUGCCAUGAGCUGCUCGUUCAGAAAGAGUCGAUUGUUGCUGCCAUUGGAGAGGGGUUCGGAAAGUGGGCCCUUGUCUGUUACCGCUAUCCGUACCAUGUAAUGCUUGCAUCUCUCGUUCUCUGUGUGGCUAUGGCUUCUGGACUCUUGCCACCCACUCCAGUCUGGAUCGAUGGUGCCGAGAAAUUGUAUUCGCUUCCCUAUUCGAGGGCCCGAGAUGACGGGGCGUUGCACACGUCUUAUUUUGGAGAUGUGUUGGGCCGUAAGAGUGUCGUUAUUGUCAAACACAAGGACGAAGGGACAAAUAUUCUGACUUGGAAGUACCUAGAGGUUAUCCAGCAUCUGGACGCUAUCAUCCGUGGUCGGGAAGUUGACCCAGUUGGCAGCCGCAAACUUGUGAUUCCUCGGACAUUUGGAAACCAAAAUGACAGUAUUCUUUCCCAGCCAGAAAGGACGCGAGGGACAGAGAAGGCCCUGCAAGAAAGCAACCUCUCUUUCAGAAAUUCAAGCAAGGCUCCAGCGAGUGGCGAUCCGCUAGGUAACUCUAGCGCGUACUCUCCAGCUCCCAACAGCCCUAAGGGUAUGGACGACCAGGGCUACAUGACAUUUGAAGACAUUUGUUUAAUAAAUCCCUUUGGAGAAUGUGCAAUUGAUUCUGUCUUGAAGUUCGGUCUACAUGAAAUGCGCCAGAUGGGUUUACUACCAGAUGAACCGGAAGUUUGGGUUUUCGAUGGGACGGUGUACAACACAAAGCAAGUCGGGUUCAUUCCAGAGUACUAUCUGGGUGGCGUCACAAAAGAACAAUGCUGGAGGCAAAUGCCUCUCGACCUCGCAAAACGGCUGCUUCCUCCAUCUCGCAUCCGGCCCCUUCCCGACCAACCUGGAUUUGCCAUGGUUGACAUUGACUGUAUAACAAAAGCUCAGGCUGCUAUGCUUCAGUAUGACGCCGAUGGUCGAUCUCAAUUUGAGGAUCGUAACAUGAUGUGGGAGCGUCUGUUUAUACAGAUCUUGAAGGACAACCAAACGUUUGGGGAUCUGGAGGUCUCCUUCCAAGCUUUUCGGUCCCGAGACGACGAAUUAAGAGCGUCGACGUCUGAGUCAAAGGAUGUAGUCUACGUAGUCUUUACGUUCUUCAUCCUGGCCACGUAUUCGACAGCCCUCAACUUCUCGUGUGAUCUCUAUCGUAACAAACUCUUUUCCGCCUUAAUGGGAUUCGGUGCAGCCUUCAUGGGACUCGGAGCCGGCAUGGGCAUUGUCGCGUAUAUGGGAAUGCCUAUGGUGCCGACAGUAUUGAUUUGUCCUUUCCUGGUGCUCGGUAUCGGAGUCGACGACAUGUUUGUCGUCAUGAACUGCUAUUGCGUAAGCUACACAAUUCACGACCCUGAAGAACGCUGCAUCCAAGCUCUCCGUAUAUCGGGACUCGGAAUCAGUAUCACGACGCUCACUAACCUUAUCUCUUUUGGUGUCGGUGCCUUUAGUACCUACAUGUCUAUCCGGAAUUUCUGCGUCUACUCGGCCAUGGCUCUCUUUAUGGGGUACGUCUUCGUUCUCACCUUCUUUUUCCCCACCCUGUGCAUAGACGCUAGACGAGAGGAAUGUGCGCGGGUAUGUCCUUUCUGUCUCCCCGACAUCUCUGAUCGUCAAAAAGUGGCACAGGAACGCCUAGCCGAAAUGACAGCUGAGGAGAGGAAAGUCGUGCAAAGCAUGGCCUCGCUGAGUCAAGAGGAACUCAUUGCAUACAAAGUUAACGUCUUCUACGAGGAGCAGGCCAUCAGAAAGGCUGCCCGAAAACGAAGGGAUCUUGGAGAAAAGGACGGAACUGCAAAACACGCCAGACCUGACGGACCGGCCAGAUUCCUCCGGCGUCUCACAGAGGCUCUGACAGCCCAUCGCCCUCUGCCUCAGUCUCCGUCACCUGCGUCAUUUCAGUCGGCUCUUCCUCCCCAGCCGAUCAAUGACAACUCCGGAAGCGCUAGCUCAGGACCGGGUUUCGUUCCCAACCCGCGCAGCACUUCGGCUACUUCAACGGCUUCUCUUCCGCCAGCGGUGACGUCAGGAUCAGCAUCUUCUCGUUGGAGCAACACCGCCGAAGGAAACGAGAAACGGAAGACGAAAUCUUCGGGUAGCCCGGAUGUACCGAUGGGGGGCGAAGGCAUGAAAACCGGUGAAAAGAGUGGAUUUGGGGGCGACACUUACGGGCUGGGGCCGGGGCGGUGUCAGCGUGAGGGAAGGGAGGAUGCCGGCACGGAUUUCUUCCCGAGACUGACCACGACAAUCGGGGGCCUGCCCCCAGACUUGGCACGUGAGGCGCUUUACGAAGAACCAAGAGGAAAUGUCGGCCGAAAAUGGAGAGAAUUCUUCCUGUGCUACUAUGGGCCAGUCCUCAUGUGGUUCCCAGUGAAGAUCGCGGUUGUGAUAACGUUUGCGGCGAUAGCGGCGGUGUCCGCCUACGGAUUCACGAAACUGGAACUCGGGCUGGAGUUGUCCGAGCUGGCGCCGGGGAAUUCGUACAUGCGAAGGUUCGACGCAGACUUUGCCCAUUACUUCAAUAAAUUCGAUCAGCCGACAGACAUCUUUUUUGUCGACCGUAAGAAAAGGCCUGCAAACUCCAGCAGUUCGUAUGGCGUCGCAGGCGACAGUCCCCUCUCUUCAUCUGCCCCACCUCGGAGGCUCUUUAAUUCACCAAACCCUGUGAAAGCAUCUGCCGACCACGGAACUCCUUACGCGUCUUCCUUUUAUUCUGGCCUUGACCGUGGCGACGUCCACCGGUUCACUUCUCCCGCACGAGAUCCACCGACUCAAGGGACGGGAGAACACGCGACACCAGUCGACGCAGCGGCCUCUAACGGGAGACUGAAUUCCGGCGAAAGCUUUGCUUCUGGUUCGGGGCAAAGGACUCCUUCGUUACUCGUGUCACCCCCGACAUUGAGAGGCGCGACAACAACUGAACACACGUUUCAACUGGAAGCGACCUCUUUUCCAGCGACUGGACCCAAUGAGGUGGACGCCGCUUGGCAACCUGUGGACGUCCGAGAAAUGCCUGAAGCCGACGCAGCCGAAACAAGAGCGAAUUCCGGGCGGGCCUUAUCUUUUAAUGCGCCUGAAGAUGCACAGGAGCGAAGACUGCUGGGCACAAUGGAAGACAUGAAGAAGAGAGACAGGAGCGAUGCACAGACCAUCCCUUUCCGAGAGAUCGGGGAGAAACCGUCGUUCUCACCUUUCGACAGGGAAGACCAAAAGAGCGUCGACGACACGAGCAUCCGCACAGAAUGGUGGAAUCCCAAAAUUCAAGCUGCCAUGCGCGCGUUUCAUAAGAGACUCGAAUCGAGGCCGACUACCUCUCGGCUGGUCAAUCCUCUUCUUACCAUGCUCGAUGAUCCACAAAUUGGAGCGAAACUGAGAAUGGGCGAUAAACAGAUAUUUGAAGACACAAUAUACUACCAGCUCGUCCACUCCAAGUCUCCGUACCGUCAGUUUAAAUUCGACUUCAUCUGGACGGGCAGAGAACUGAAGACCUGGCGCAUGCGUCUUCUUCCCAAGUACAUGGCGACGUCCGAAGAGAGGGCCGCAUGGAUGGAGCAGCUCCGCAAUGACUGUGAUGAGGCCGCUCGAACCUUUGGGGCGAUUUCGGAGACGGACGCCGGUGGAGCGUUUGAAUACGGAAGUAACGAUGAGAAAUACCUGUCUGGGUUUCUUACUGACAAGGCGACGAGUACCUCGGGCACAGCUGGAGACCACCACGGGGCGGUACCUGAUGAACCUAUCUACCCUAUCCCUUACACGUAUAUGAUGAUUUUCUACGAGAGUGAUUUAGGCAUCCUCAGCUCUGUCCUCGUCAAUAUGCUCUCUGCUGGACUAGCGAUGCUCCUUGUGGCCUUCGUUCUCAUUCCUGAAGCGCUCGCUGGCUUCCUGGUCAUCCUCAUGAUCUGCCUUAUUGACCUUGCACUCUUCGGCUUCAUGUAUUUCUGGCGUGUGAAGCUCCAUAUGGUGUCGACGAUUGCGCUGGUCAUUAGUAUCGGGUUUGCCGUCGACUACUCUGCCCACCUUUGCCAUACGUUUACCCACUGCAAAGGAGCAACGAGGGAAAAAAGGGUCAUUGAAAGCCUUGUGCUGAUGGGCAACCCCAUCUUCCACGGAGCAUCUUCGACUCUCCUUGGCAUUAUGCUUCUCGGCUUCUCUGAGUCCUUCGUCUUCACCGUCUUCUUUAGAAUGAUGGUUAUGGUUGUUGCCUUCGGUGCGAGUCACGGUAUGCUUCUUCUCCCCGUCAUUCUUUCCUGGAUCGGUCCCAUGGGCCAUGAAGCCGACGAGAAGGCGACUGACGCCUCCACGGCCUGUGCGGAUCUCUCCGGUGGUGGAGCGUUUUCUCGAGCAGACAAGCCGCAACCAUUUUGUGAUGCGCUUUCCAAAAGCAAGUGCAUUCCGUCUCUGUCCUUCCCCCAAAGUCUGUCGCACCCUGCAGAAGCGAACGCGUCUCCAGCAAACCCGACGCUCCUGACUUCGGCGAAACUGAGAUCCGAAAACUACCGUUCCCCUGCCGAGAAGGCAGCAAGCUCGGCGCUCGGUGCCGGGGGGACUCGCGCUGUUCUAGCGUCCGUGGAGGCGGAGAAAACCGCGCAAAAAUCGCCGCAGAGUGGCCGGUGGUUCUUUGCAAAGAUGUUGCCAAACGCAGGAGGAGCGAACAAAGAACGGGGCUGGCACGGACCUGCCGAAUCGGUCGGGUCUCUACGGAGGACUGACGAGGGCGACAGUUUUGUGAUUGAAGCCUCCGGUCACCGGUCGGCGGUUGUCCAUCCACGGGCUGCGUCGCUCCCGGUUCCGUUGCCAGGCAGAAGCCUGCCGGAUUCUCUCGACAUGACGAGUUUGCUUCAGACGCAUGAAGUGAAUCAUCACGACAUACACGACCGUCUGUUCCUUCCGUAUUCUGAUCAGAAGGCCCGAGGGCCUGGAGAGGGCGAGGCCACGGCUGCCGGCAUGCGCCCCAUUGGGGCUUGGGCUCUAGGGGAGGAUGAGGACCCCAACAACAGCUGCAUUAGCAGCCCGCUCGACUAUACAGCUCACCAGCAAGCGAGGCAGCUGAAGACACACCGGCGAAGCCGCGCGGGACCGGGACACCCGCCGAGCAGUUUCGUGGUUUCCGCAGCAAACGGCGUCCUCGGCGCUUCCAGUACAUCGGCGAGUGCGCUGCCGUCUCACCCUGUAGAGACGAGCUCCGCGGAGCUGGAGCUCGCCGCCAUGUUUGCGAGUUCACAAGCUGCGACAGCUCUGUCGCACCACAGGGACAAAUAUGGGAUGUCUCUGAAGAGCCAGGCCUCUGUUGCCUCGAACCGAGCGUCGGCCAGUUCGGCCAAGUUCCCGCACAAUGACGAUGCCUACCCCCUGGCGUCGCAGCGACUCCCUCCGGGGAAGCGAAGCAGCCAUGCAAGUCGAACUGGGGAAAUGAACGAAUGGGGAGGAGAAACCAGGGGAGACGAAAAAGGCAGAGAGCAAGUGCAUCCAAAGGAGUGCGUUCCUCCUGUCAGAGAACCCUCUGGUGUCUCAAGCGAACUCUCAUCUGCUGCAUUUUCCGAAAGCACCACGGGGGGAACGGAACACCCGGAGACGCAGAAGCACGUGGUAUCGCAUCCGAGGCGUAUUUCGUCUUGUGGGCCGACGGUCGCCCUUCACCGGUCUCGCAAAUCGUCCUCUGUGGUAUCGUCUCAGCAUCCUUCGGUCGUGUCUGCAGAUCUGAACGAACACUCGUACAGCGGGACGGGCAGCGCCAGCGGGAGGAGUGUCUCCCGUCCCAAGAGACGCAAUUCCACGGGAUCAGGAAGGGCGUCCUUCUCGAUGGCUUCCUCCCCUGGCGGGACUGCCACGUUCCGCGGCCAGUCGGUCAUUACCGUACGAAAAGGCAUUGGGGUCGUAGGAUUCCCUCACGCCGGAUGUAUGACCAGCGCAGGUGCGCGAGGCGGAGAGCGGAGACACUCGAUGACAAAGGGUCCGAGCAGCGGGCACAGUUUGCCCUCGUUUCUCUCAAACAAAUUCCCCCGUUUCCCUGCCCCUAGGAGCGGCGCUCACACACUGAACGGACGCUCCGGCGACUCGACGGCGCAGGGCUAUCCUGGCGGUGCGGAGAAGGCCGAAACCGAAAGGCGAAGCACAAACGGCGAUGUGGCAUGUGGUUCGAAAACAAGUCGCUGCGCAAGCGGAGUCGGCUCAGGAGAGAAGCCGCGAGAGCGCGAUUCGCUUUUGGGUCCCGAAAUUCACACGCCGGGACUCGUCCACUCCACGUCUCUUCCUUCAGCGCAUUCUCCCGCGGUUCGUACCUCAAGUGUCGGCCGAGACGGAGAGCGCAAAAACAUUUCACUUCCGCCCGCGUCUCGCUCUUCGUCUGCUGUCUCUAUGUCUUACGUUAAUCCCUCUACACACAGUGGAGGAAGGAGAAGUCAGAAUUCGCCCGUUUCCUACGUCUCCUCUCAUGCUUCGAAGAUCUUCGUUCUGCCGUCAGGACACCUGGCGCCUCAGCAGGUGGGCGGUUCCUCACUGCAUCGUGUUCAGCCGAACCAAAUAAUGCCGCAAGCAUACCAAGAGAAAGGACAGCCUACUGCCUCAGCUUCACCGUCGCUGGACGCUCCUGCGGGGUCAGCAGCCAAGCGAAGGAACAGCACAGGCAACCUGAUGGCAAAUCGAGGUCGAAGGGAGUUAGGUGGCGUUUCUGCAUGCGGAUACAAAGACGAGGAACAGAAAAGGGGAGAGGGACAAGAGCAAAGAUUGGGGCGGAGCAACUCCGCAGAGACGAGACUGGCGUCAGGCGUUCCGACCGGAGAACCAGGAAGGACUUCGUGUUACAAAGAAAGACCCGAGGAGACAAGUGACAGAGAAGGGCACUCCAGGAGCAUCGGCGCUGUCGGCCAGGGACGGGAGAACAGGGACAACAAGCCUGAAACAAAAGACAGAAAGCCGGAGUACGAGAGGGCCGAACACCAAACCACUGGAGGAGGUAUCUUUCACCAGCUUUUACACAGGGGAAUGAGCCUGGCGAAAACGCGAGAGGAAAAGCCUCCAGCAUGA